GCGCCCUCUGCCCCCCACUCCCCGCCCCGGCCGCCAUUGCCUCGUGCCCGCGCCGGUCGGUUGGUGGCGCCUUUGUCCUGUGGCGGGCAGGUGGGCUGAGGCGGAGGCGGCAGCGGCGGGCCUGAGGCGAAGGAGCGGCCGGGAGCCCGCCGCGCUGGUAGCGAUAUUAAUAAGGCAGCGGAAAGAAGAAAUAUGAAUACGGCUCCAUCAAGACCCAGUCCCACACGAAGAGAUCCAUAUGGCUUUGGAGACGGUCGAGAUACAAGACGUGAUCGAUCCCCAAUUCGAGGAAGUCCAAGGAGAGAGCCCAGGGAUGGCAGAAAUGGCCGGGAUGCCCGGGAUAGCAGAGACAUGCGAGACCCCCGAGACUUGCGGGACCAUAGAGAUAGCAGAGACAUUCGGGAUCACAGAGACAGCAGAAGUAUGCGUGAUGCUCGGGACAUGAGAGAUCUUAGAGACUUUCGUGAUCUAAGAGACUCGAGGGAUUUUCGAGAUCACCGGGACCCCAUGUACGACAGAUACAGAGAGAUGAGAGACUCCCGAGAUCCCAUGUACAGGAGAGAAGGUUCUUAUGACCGAUACCUGCGAAUGGAUGACUAUUGCAGGAGAAAGGAUGACUCUUACUAUGACCGUUAUAGAGAUAGCUUUGAUGGCCGAGGCCCUCCAGGCCCAGAAAGUCAGUCUCGUGCAAAAGAGCGUUUGAAACGUGAGGAACGGCGUAGAGAAGAGCUUUAUCGUCAAUAUUUUGAGGAAAUCCAGAGACGCUUUGAUGCCGAGAGGCCUGUUGAUUGUUCUGUGAUUGUGGUCAACAAGCAGACUAAAGAUUAUGCUGAAUCUGUAGGGCGGAAGGUGCGAGACCUAGGCAUGGUAGUGGACUUGAUCUUCCUCAACACAGAGGUGUCGCUCUCGCAAGCCUUGGAGGAUGUGAGCAGGGGAGGAUCUCCUUUUGCUAUUGUCAUCACCCAGCAACACCAGAUUCACCGCUCCUGUACAGUCAACAUCAUGUUUGGAACCCCACAAGAGCAUCGCAACAUGCCCCAGGCAGAUGCGAUGGUGCUGGUGGCCAGAAAUUAUGAGCGCUACAAGAAUGAGUGCCGGGAGAAGGAACGUGAGGAGAUUGCCAGACAGGCAGCCAAGAUGGCCGAUGAAGCCAUCCUCCAGGAAAGAGAGCGAGGAGGCCCUGAGGAAGGAGUGCGCGGGGGACACCCUCCAGCCAUCCAGAGCCUCAUCAACCUGCUGGCGGACAACAGGUACCUCACUGCCGAAGAGACUGACAAGAUCAUCAACUACCUGCGAGAGCGGAAGGAGCGGCUUAUGAGGAGCAGCACCGACUCUCUGCCUGGUGAGCUACGUGGCAGGGCCGAGGCCCGAUUUCCCGCCAACCACUCGGGGCGACCUCGGGUGCCUCGCUGAAGACACAGCCAAGCUCCCAACCGCUCCAGAGCAGCCAAGUGCUCCCCUCUGCUACACCCACUCCAGCUGCACCCCCCACCUCCCAGCAAGAGCUUCAGGCCAAAAUCCUCAGCCUCUUCAAUAGUGGCACGGUUGCGGCCAGUAGCAGCUCUGCAUCUCCCUCUGUCGCUGCCGGAAACACCCAGAACCAGAAUUUUUCCACAGCAGUGAACAGCCAGCCUCAGCAAAGAUCACAGGCCUCUGGCAAUCAGCCUCCAAACAUUUUGGGACAGGCGGGAUCUGCUCGGAACAUGGGCCCCAGGCCUGGGGCUCCUUCCCAAGGGCUCUUUGUCCAGCCUUCCAGUCGCCUGGCACCUGCCAGCAACAUAGCUAGCCAGAGGCCCGUGUCUUCCACAGGUAUCAACUUUGACAAUCCAAGUGUACAGAAGGCUCUCGACACCCUGAUUCAGAGUGGCCCUGCUCUCUCCCACCUGGUUAGCCAGACCACAGCACAGGUGGGGCGGCCCCAGGCCCCCAUGGGAUCUUACCAGAGGCAUUACUGAGGCUAUCUCUCAGCUACCCGGGCCCCCUCAUCCCCUGGCCUCCUCCCACCUCUUGCGUUCUAAAUAGAGUUAUUUGGAGGAUGUGCUCUGCACCUAUCCAGGUCCACAUCGAAUGUCAUAAGUUUCUACCACCUGCUCUCUGUUCUGCCCAAGGCUGUGUUGCUUAUUCCUUCCAGAGUCAGAGUUUAUACUGCAUUUGGGGGUGUAUCUUCUUUUGUUGUUUUUGUUUUUUGUUUUUUUUUUUGUAGAAAAUAAAUAUCUCUGGGGUCCACUGGGCAGUAUAGGUGUCUGGGCUCAGUUUAUAUUUUAUGGGUUUCUCUGGUCUUUCUGUCGGCUGGAGUUGCGGGGGGAGGAGGAGGAAUCCAAGCCCCAAUUAGCUGAGUUUGGAAUGGCAUUUUCAUGUCAACAGCCACUGCCCCUGUUCAUUUUGAACCUACCCAGGUUUUCCAGCCUUGCACAGGCCAACCAGAGCUCCAGCUCCCGUCUGCAGCUCCCACCUAGGGUUGCGGAGGAGCAGACCAGGCCUGGCAGGCGCCGUGUCGCCAAGCCUGUCCCACAUGGAUGGGAGUCUGCUGGAGGAGUCAUCCGUCAGCUGCUCGGGAGUUGUUGAGGAGUGGCCAUGGCAGCCACAGAAGUAGCCACUUUUCUGCCUGACCCAGGGUUAUUGAUUUUUGGUUUUCUCUUUUUUCUUUUUUCUUUUCAUUUCAUUGGAGGAUUUCCAAUGGACUGAAUAGCUCCAGUCACCAGCAGUUUAACAUGAACUGUGAAUCUGGGCCCCAACCACUCCUACCCCCCUUAACGGUUUCUGUCAGCCUCUCCAUCUCCAGUGGUAG